AUGAUAGAGACCGUGCUUAUUGUCCGUCAUGCUGUAGGUACCUGAGUCAGAUAUGCGUCUUACGAACACUACAACUUCACGAUCCACAUGCUAUCCGCGGAGUCUGUUCCGGUACUUGCAACGCGUAACUGCAUCUCCUGCCUGUGCUUUGCUACUUUCCAUCUACCUAUACACAGACCUCCGUGACUACGGUAGCCAAACUUAUUGCUCUCCACCCCUUGACAAUGACAUACUUUCUGACAGCGAUGCCAUACCACAGUUUCGGUCAAACUGGAGCGUGGACCCUACAACAGGGCAAUACACCGCAUUGCUAGUCAAAUCUCCGACCGGCAUACCGACAGAUCCUCCGUUAACGUCGAAAGGGGUCCAGCAAUCAAAAGAGCUCGCUGAGUACCUCUCCAAAAUCUCGCCACCGGUAGAUGUGAUCUACUCGAGCCCCUUUUAUCGCUGCCUACAGACGCUCAAGCCAUUUACCGACAAGCAUUUUGGUGGCGGCCAAGCGAAUGGAAAGAUCAGAAUCGAUCGAGGGAUCGGUGAAUUCUUUGGCCGCGCAGAUUGGGAACAUCCACACCCACCCACACUAGACACACUGACUCCUCACUUUGAGCACCUCGACCAGGAUCAUGUCUCAACGCACAUACCAGCUUCGAAAGGCGAGAUGAUUGCCGAGCUUCACGAGCGUGUUCGGAAGGCUCUGGAUCACAUCAUCACCACGCUGGAUAAUGACACAGCACAGCCCAAGACGCUUCUGAUCUGCAGCCAUGCCGCCACAAUAAUAGCAGCUGGGCGAGUACUGACUGGCCAGAUGCCAGAUGAUCCAGACACAGACGAUUUCCAAUGCUUCACUGCAGGGCUAUCGAAGUUUGUUCGCAGGAGCACCGACCCUGCAAGCGGUGUAGCUGGCAACUGGGACUGUAUCCUCAACUCUGAGACAUCCUUCUUGUCAGGAGGUGCUGAGCGAGGCUGUAUCACAGGGAGGACUGGCCCAGUUCUGAACUCACAUCGUCUGGUGGGAGCAGGAACCCUUCUCUACUCACCAUUCCGUUACCAACCUGUAUUGAGCCUACCGAGACGACAGUACCCCAACUACACGACAUCGCUGACCAACUACACGGUUAGGAAAUUCAAUGGCGACGAGAGCUUUGUGGCAUUUCCGGAUGAUCCAGCGGGAGGGGCGGAAGCAUCCAAGCUCUAG